GUCUAUCGGUAAAUGGCUAUGCAUUCGACUACAACUCUUUGAAAGCUUUUCUAGUGUUUUAAUUCUUCUUCUUUUACUUCUUUAUUCUCUCUCUCUCUCUCAUUUACAUCUCUCACUUUCAACUCCUUUCUCAUUGAUUAAUUCGAGCUGGCUUCUUCUUCUUCUUCUUCCUUCUUCAGGUGGACUCUCAUUCAAACUCUACUCAUUCUGUUGGAUUCAUCAUUCUUCUGAAGUACCUGAGCUUUGACUGUUUCUUGAACACAAAGAGCUCAAAUAAUCUUCUUUGAUGGUUUCUUAUUCAAGACGCCGAGCUAUCUUCGAUGGAUUGAUAGGGCAGCAGCAGCAUUUAUGGGAUUUGAUAGAUUGUCAAUAAAGGAAAAACAGUGGUUACUAUGGAUUCACGAGGUGACAGUUCCAGGUUCGGACUUCAGCAGUAUCCGACAAAGUCCUCCAGGAACAUGUCUUCAUCUUCAUCAGCAGCUUUCUUCUCAGCUAACCAAUCUCCCUUCUUCUCCGCAAGAUCUCUCAAACCCCAAGACCACUCCGAAUCAACUCGCUCCGAUCCUCAAUGCGACAGCUUCGAUCCGCUCACCUCCAGCUCCGACCUCGUGUUUCAGAAUCUCGAGCCUUCGAGUAGCGUGAUCCCAAGAUUCCCAAGAGGAAGGCAUGACUCGUCUUCCUACGCUCAGACAUCUUCAGUCUCGGUCUCUUACAACAGGGUGAGAUGCUGCGACGUGUUCCUAGGCCUUCACGGUAACAAACCUUCCCUCCUUCGGUUCGCUGAUUGGUUAAGAUUUGGAGAAGACGAAUAGGCUGGGAGGCAUUGUCUUGUGUCAACCUUACAAACCAAUAAGGUUCGGAGAAGACGAAGUGGCAGAGGAUUGAGCCUCGGGAUCUCGCGUCAUAGAUUUAGGUUUGGGUCUUAGUUUUAGGUUUCUAAAUUAAGUGAAAACAAAGCCCAAAUACAAACAAAUAAAACC